CACAGGCUCUGCCGGAGCGAAUAUCUGUCAAACCUAAACGAGGUACAGGCUUUAAUUCUUUUGUUUUUCCCUCCUGUGCCAUUUGUCCGACUCUUUCUUUUUCCUAGAGCUGUCCCCCUAUAUCACAAGAUACCAUCGUAAAAGAUGGUCCUGAUUGUCUUGGUUCAGUUGCUGUGCCAGUCAUCUGCCUUCGAGCUCUUCACCGUUGAGUUGGAGAAGAGGGAGUACGACUCUCCAUUUGGGGGCGAGGUUCAAAUGGCUUGCAGGUUCCAACCCAUUCCAAAAAAUGCCUCGAGAAACUUACAGUUGUCCUGGCAUUGGAUUACUCGAGACACAGAGCGCGAAGUGUAUCGGCUGGUAGACGGAGAAGAGCAUCUGCCACCGGCGAACUCCCACUAUCAAGGACGGGUCAGCUUUCUCAUAGAGGAGCUGAGCCAAGGCUGGGCCAAGUUGAAGCUGUCUUCCCUCCAAAUAAAUGACUCAGGCAUUUACCAAUGCUUGGUACAAUCUGAGAAUGUUGCAGAUUUCAAGGAAAUGGCUUUGUCUGUCACAGCUCAGUAUGACAACGUGACCAAGCUGAUCGAGCCUUACAACAAAGACCAAGUUCAGUUAACCUGUGAGUCGAAAGGAUACCCUGUGUCCCGUAUCUCCUGGACUGAUUCCAAGCAACAAAGCCUCGUCGCCAGCACCUUUAAUAAAACAACACCGGAUCAACUCAUCCAGGUUGUCAGUCAUGCGCUUGUCAGCUUGUCCCAGCGGAACACCUACACAUGCCACUUUGAAAGAGGCUCGUCAGCAACGUUUCAUAUUCCUGGGGACCUCCACACUGACCGAGUGAGAAAUACUGGCAUAUUCAUCUGCAUCGCUCUUCUGCUGGUUACAAUUACUGGAAUGAUCUUCUAUGCGCGAUGUGUAAACGAAAGUAAGAAAAGCCUGAGCGUCUCCACAGAAGAAAAGGCCGUAUUUACUUCAAGUAAGAGAGAGAGUCUGAGGAGGUUGCUGAUGGAGCACUAUAACAGUAAGGACUUGGUCACUGGGCUGAACUCAGAACCAUUGGUACUGGACAGACAUGGUCAAACUGUCCCACUGUCGUCAGUGUGGGGAGUGGGAGAACCUGGUGAGACGGUUCUCCUGCUAGGUCCUCCUGGAAGUGGAAAGACAUCCCUAGUCCACAUGUUGGUGAAUUCUUGGAUGAGCGAUACCGACCUCAGCGAUGUCAGUCAUCUCCUCUGGAUUGAUGCUUCUGUGACUGAAGGAGAUCUGUUAGGAACCGUGGAAAGUCAGCUGCCUGUGAGUGAUCUGGAAACGUCCGAAGAGCUCAAGCAUGUGAUGACCAGCUCUGCUUGUUUUCUGGUGUUGGACGGGUACGUGGAGGGGAACUCGGAGUUCGAUCCUUCUCUGAUAUCUUUUGUGAAUGAAAGAAGAGAAAGUCGCUUACUGGUCACGUCAUGUCCGGAUCAGUGCCCAACACUCGAAACCACAGUCCCGAGUGAAAAUAUACUGAUGCUGGAAAAACUGUGAUCCUCGUAGCAGGUCCAAGUUUUAGUCGUGAGCCCUUUCAGAUCUGAAACACAUGCCACUGUCUUUUCUGAGAAGAUUGAAGUGAGCAAAAGCAAAACAUCUAUGAGGGUGGGAGGCAGUUCACAUCCAAACAGCAACUCUGGGAGGCUGUUCUGACAUCCUGCAAAGACAUUCAAGCAGAAACUGUCCAUAAACUCACAAGUUCUAUAGAUGCAAGAAUUGUGAAGCUGCUAUCAAACAAGGGGUCCUAUGUUAACAUGUAACUCGACCUGUUAAGAUGUUUUGGAUUGUAAUAGCUUUUUAUUUGAGUAAACAUGACCUUAUAUUGCUGUAAAUUCAACAAAUUACUAUUUUCAGUUCUUUACAAACUAGAAAAUGUCUUGAAACUACGUUGUGCAUAAUAAUUUGGAACACUGCGUUUUAAGUUUUUUAUUUAUUUUUUAAAUACUGUUUUCAUUAGGAGUUUUGUUCAAUAACAUUUGAAAUAAAUUUUGACAGCUAAUGACCCGUUCAGCAUAUCUGAUAUAAGCACUGAGCUCCACCCCAGCUCACCAGAACUGACAGAGCCUGCUGGAUGGAAGGUUUUCUUUUCUCUUACCAGUCCAGUUGCCUUGAUUCAAACCUUCAUCUUGGUGUGAACUGCAGCUGCAGUUGUGUAAUUUACAAAGAAUUUGGUCUGAUGUGUGGAUGUGUUCAGACACGAAAGAUUAAAUGAUGAGGAAUUCGGGUCUGAAUACACAUUAGCAAACGACAAAACAUCUGAAUUAUAGUGUUUCAAGUAAAAGCUUAUCUUACACCCAAUCAUGAAUAAAACCAGUCAUGUGAAACUAAAGCAUGUUUAGGACAGUUUUGUAGAAUGGAAUGAAUGGGACGAAUAGAAUGAAUGGAAAGACACAACAAUAUAAAAACUGAAUGUUAUAGGUAUAAAGUGAACCUGCCUGUGCGGCGUCAUCCUCAGCUUCUCUAAUUUCAGCUGACUCUGCACUAAGUGUUGUUUUUUUUUAGGCAAGCAUAUAUUUUUGCUGAGCAGACAUAUGUAUAUUUCUUGUUGACUUGUCUGUUUCCAGUUUCUUUGUGUCUCACUUACAACUACAUUUGGUACUGAGCUUGUUGCCAGGAAUGGGAGUGGUGGGGGUGUGAUAGGGGUUUACUGUAAAGACAGCUGUCAGAUCCCAUGUUUUGGCUUCAACUUUAUCAUUUAAAGACUGUCCAGGUGUUCCACCCGUCUUUAGUAGACACCGUCAACAGUUUCAUGAGCCAGAUCAGCAGCAGGCGUUGACUUACUCCGGUUGGAUUCGGUGGACCGUCUCCUGAAGACUUAUUUAAAUUUUUAACCUGAAUUCUUUAAUCUUUCUUUGUUGAUAUUCCUGUUUUAAUGCUCAACAGACAAACUAGACAAUCCCCCACAAGGGCAUCAGUUUGUUUUGGGGUGGGGACAAUGAUUGUAUUGGGAUUUACUUUUGAAUACACUACUGCAAAGGCUUCAGUGGCACCUUAUUAUAUGUUUGAAGUGAACUAUCACUAUUCUUUUACUUCUGUAAAUACUUUCUCAUGAAUCCCUCUUCAGGCCACCUAAGCUCAAACUACUUGCGCUACCUGUUUGAGCAGAUCAGGCUGAAAUAAAUGAGAGUUCUGUUUCUUUUACACGUGAUGGGAGUGCCUGAACUUUCUAUACGAUGGAAAACAACCAGGGUUACGAUGGCUGACAGGACUUGUCCUCUAAAGUGACGCCUGUGUACCCAAACAUCCGUACCCAAACAUCUUGCUUUUUUUUCGUGGAGGCCAAAUUUUCUACUUUUUAAUUUUAGUUUUGAAAAUCACAAAUUCACAUACUGCUUUGGAAUUGUUGACGUCGAAUCUAAUUGUGAAUUAGACACUGUUUGUAGGUGGAAACACUGCCAUCAACUGCCACUUCUUGAUGUAAUUUUUAUUUAAAUGUAUUUAUUUUUGCUAAUGACCCGUUCUUUAAAUCAGAUUUCACCUGGAUCAUGUAUGGUAGCCACAUCUAUGACCUUGUUUGCUCUUUGGGCGUGUGAAUCAUGGGAGAAGUGGAGGCGUAUAUGGUUUUUGUCGUUGCACUGUAAAGGCAUAAAGUCGUCUGUGUCCUUUCAUGGUCUGAAUGGGCCUUUGUUAGUCUGAUUUAUCAGUAGACACACAGCGUAUGUGGUGAGUGAAACGUGAUCCCCGUGCUGUUUCUGAUAAGAAAAAUUCCCGUCUUCCCAGUCCUUUCAUACUACACAAAAUGAGGUAGCCUGUAAAGUAUGAAGGUUGCGGGGCUGAACUCUGGGUUUGGCUUUGGUUUCCUCCCACCUUCAAAACCGUGAGCAGGAUUGUCUCGCGGGGUGUGAGGACGUGUAAUCUAAUAUUGCUCUUGCUAUCAGAGUACAUGCUGUGUAACAGAUCUAUGUGGAGGGCUCACUAUUCUGCACACGCCCACAUCAUGAGUCAAGCUAAUAUAAGGGAUUGAGGAAACCCCCCAGUGGGCGUCUUCGCUGUUUCGUUUUGAGCAUAAAAGAGGAAACGAAAAGAUAACAGUGAAGUGACGUCCUGAGAAAUUUGUAAUUCCAUCUCUGGAAAAUGUUUCCGUGAUGUGGAUGCUACACCAGCAGCUGUCAGGCCACUUCAGUCUAAACAUUUAUUCCAUCCUCAUGACAUGUCUGUGUUGCAGGUUUCAGUGAGCCUCAGAGGGACUAAGUGGUUUACUGUGGACAUUCCAGCUACAUCCACAGUAGCGCAUGCUCUGAGUUGACCGAGCACUUACAUUUCAAGUGACAUUUUUCCUGGGGUUAUGAGCAGGUUACACAUUUAUAGUUACUGAACCAUCAUGUCAUGAGAAAGUUCCUCAAAGAGGGGUCCAAUUUGGUGUUGCUUUUUUUGUUUGUGUUUUGUGGUGUG